AAGAUGGGUGUCGACGGGGGAGUAGAGAUGCCAUCCGAAAGACUAGAAGUUUCCGCAUCAGGUUAUUGGAAGGCCAAAGCGGUGGGAGAGUCUAGAUGAUCCGUAACUCCAGGGGGGGAAGAGAUGGAUAUACGAUUAUAUAUAGGGAUGAGUUCCCACACAUUGCGUGAUUCGAUCUUCGGGAUCUUCAACACCUAAUUCUAUACGGUACGGCUGAAUUGCUAAGAUCAUCAUGAAAUCGACCCUCAUCGCAGCCUUGGCUGCAUUUAGCGCCAAGGUUUCCGCUCAUGCUACCUUUCAGGAUCUUUGGGUGAAUGGUGUUGAUAUGGGUGCCACAUGUGCUAGAUUACCUUCGUCCAAUUCCCCAGUCACAGAUGUCUCUUCGAAAGACAUCGCCUGCAAUGCCGGCACGAAGCCCGUCUCAGGGAAGUGCAGCGUCGCCGCAGGAUCAACAGUCACAGUCGAGAUCCACCAACAACCUGGCGACCGAGCCUGCAACACCGAAGCCAUCGGCGGCGCACACUACGGUCCCGUCCAAGUAUACAUGAGCUCCGUAUCCGACGCCUCGACUGCCGACGGUUCCUCGUCGUCAUGGUUUAAGAUCUUCGCCGAUACGUGGGCGAAGAACCCUUCAGGUGGCUCGGGUGAUGAUGAUUACUGGGGUACCAAGGAUAUUAACACAUGCUGCGGCCGCAUGGAUGUUAAGAUCCCCACCGAUCUAGCCCCCGGCGAUUACCUACUACGCGCCGAAGCCCUCGCCUUACACACUGCGGGUCAGAGCGGUGGUGCUCAAUUCUACAUGACGUGCUUCCAGCUCACCAUCACAGGCAGCGGUAGCGCUAAGCCAGCUGGUGUUUCGCUUCCCGGUGCGUAUAAGGCUAGUGACCCGGGCAUUCUCGUCAACAUCCACGCCGCGUUGUCUACCUAUGUUGCGCCCGGCCCAAGUGUGUACGCGAGCGGAUCGACGAAGAGUGCAGGUUCGCCGUGUAUCGGAUGCGCUAGUACCUGCACCGCGGGUAGUGGCCCGUCAAGCACUGCUGGUGCUGGUGCUACUCUUCCCACUAAAGUAGCGACGACUACAGCGGCUCAACCGUCAAGCACGAGCGGUGCUGGAGCGGGAUGCUCCGUAGAAAUGUACGGUCAAUGCGGUGGCUCUGGGUUUACCGGGUGCGGUACUUGCGGUAGCGGAACCUGUAAGAAGUUGAACGAGUACUAUUCGCAAUGUAGUUAGUACGACCAUAAGAGCAAUCAACAGGAUCGUAUAGGGGUGGUGAACUAUUCAGGAUCGCGUCGAGUUAGGCUAUCGGCCUGUCGCAUUACACCUGGCGUAAUGGUUUUUGAUAUAGCUUUUUAAUAUGACUUG